AUGGAAUCCAUCGUGGCUACCAAUGUUAUCAACAAGGCGACUCCAAUCGCCCCAUCUCCUGGCCCAGCUGAAGCUCCGGCAGUGUCCUUUUUGAGCUCCAAGUCUACAACCGCAUCAGUCAAUCUUGAAGCCAAAGCACCAUUCUCAGCUAUCCAGGCCCUCUUUGAUCAUCUCCACACUCACCCUGACGAUGUUGCUAAGCUCAACGCAACCUACCCUCAUCGGGGCGUCAUCAAGACUGCUGCUCUGCACAAAACUGAGUCAGAUCAGAAGUUUACCAUCGACCUCUCACCCAUGCGAAACUCCCGGAUUCCGGAAGCUCUACGUGAGUCCCUGGAUCCUAAUGGCCUAGCCGAGGUCCUCGACUUCUUCAACGCCCUCAGUGCUCAGUAUGUACCCACCAUACUGUCUUCUCUGAGCAUCCUCGCCGGUACCGAUCUUGCUGCAGCACACACUUCAUACAAUAUGAACUAUCGCCUGUGUGACUACAAUCCUAACACGGCUGCCCCCGACUCGUCGAAUGGAUGCGGAGCUCACACGGAUUAUGGGACCUUCUCCAUUAUCUUCCAGGAUGGCACGCCCGGCCUGGAGCUCGAAGAAACCCCUGGCACGUGGGUUCCUGUCCCCGGAGAUGCCACGGUUAUCCUGACUGGUUGGUGUGCGGUUAUUCUGAGUGGUGGCCGGGUUUCUGCCGCCAAACAUCGUGUUCGCCGUGCCCCGGGCGUGCGUCGAUUGAGCGCAGUCUUGUUCGUGGCCCCUGACCUCGACGUGAAGUUGAAGCCUCUUGGUGAUUCCCAGCCGAUCAGACCGUUCUCCGAGACUAUCAUGCGUGGAGAUCUGGAUGUUGAGACUUUCAAGGAUGUCAUGGGGAAGAGAUGGCGAUACCGAGAGGGAAAUGAAGAGAUGGACAAUGCGGACUCUCUCUCCCAGGAUAACGAGAUUGAGAACAUGGUAUGGGGCUAA